GACACUUUCGUUAAGUGAACGUGGCCAUUCGUUAAGUAAAUCGUUCAGUUGCGGAGUGUCUGACGUGGAAUUUGGAGGAAAAUAUUGCAAAAAACCGUGGAAAUUCACCCAAGAAUCCCACAAAAUUGGCAAAGAAAUGUUCUAAAAACCACCCCCAAGCCCCGCACAAUCGAUUUAUACUGAAAAAUUGCGGAAACGCAUGUGAAAAUCGCGUGAAAAGUGUCGCCGUGGAAGUGAAAGUGUUCCCUGUGGAAGUAAGAUUAGGCAAGUGGUUAGAGAAUUCCUCAAUUUCCGCAUUAUAGCCGCUCUAUUUCCUGAAAAAGCACAAAAAAAAACAGAGUUUGCUGAAGGAUGAAUCCACAGCAAAUGAUGAGGGGCCCUCAGCCUCCAAUGCAGCAACCUGGCUGGCAGAAUCCACCUCAGCCCCAGAAUCCUGGCAUGUACAAUGGGAAUAGUCAAUUAAACCAACUUCCUUCUCAAAUGUCCAGCAUGAAUUUGGGUCCGCCACCAACUGGUCAAAUACCGCAAGUUCCUGGUCAGAUGCCUCCUCCUCCGUCUGGACAGUUACCUCCAGGACCUGGCCAGAUGCCAAUGGGACCUCCUCAAGGUCCCCCUCAAGCACAAUUUGCUCCACCGCCAGUCAGUGGUCCUCCCAUGACUCAGCCCCCAAGUUUCGCCAAGGUAGGACAACCUCCUCCCCCAACAGCCCAGCAACCCUUUCAGAACGGACCCCCAGUGAGUCAUCUCAAUGCUGUCAACAACAAUGUGGCUCAGCCACCAAUAGCCAGUCAUGCAAAUGGAUUCCCAGCUCCUCCAACGCAAUACAACUCAAUGCCGCAGCCUCAGGCGAAGCCGCAAAUGCCUCCAAAUCCGUAUGGGCCACCACCUGGGAUGCCAGGUCAGAUGCCACCAACUCAGGUGCCACCCCAACAAAUGCCACCCGGGCAUAUGCCACCCGGACAAAUGGCACCCGGACAGAUGGCACCCCAGCAAAUGCAAUCCAAUCAAAUGCCCCCAAUGCCUAAUCAGCCUCUGCAGCAGUUUCCCGGCUAUCAAUCAUCAUUCCAGGGGGCUCCACAGUACCCCCAGCAGCCCAGUCAGCUGCCACCUGCUGGUCAGAGACAUCCUCAAGCCCCGGGAUAUCCUCCCCAGAUGCAUCAGGCUCAACCUCAGCAGCGUCGUUUGGAUCCUGAUCAGAUGCCCAAUCCCAUCCAGGUGAUGGAUGAUAAUCAGCGUUCGUGUCAGGGACCUUUUGUCACCAAUCAACCGGGCCUGGUGCCACCGUUAGUGACGACAAAAUUCGUUACUCACGAUCAGGGAAAUUCAGGGCCACGCUUUAUUCGUUCAACCAUGUACAGCGUACCCUCGACCACGGACAUGAUGAAGCAGACGGCAGUGCCUUUUGCCCUCAUAGUUUCACCCUUCGCCAAGACACUCGAGGGAGAACUGACACCGCCAAUUGUUGAUUUUGGCGAAGUGGGGCCAAUCAGGUGUAUUCGGUGCAAAGCAUACAUGUGCCCCAAUAUGCAAUUCAUCGAUGGUGGCAGGAGAUUCCAAUGUCUGCUGUGCAAAGCCACCACAGAAGUGCCACCAGAAUACUUCCAGCAUCUGGAUCACACGGGGCAGCGUAUGGACAAGUACGAGAGACCAGAAUUGGUUCUUGGAACUUAUGAAUUUGUUGCCACAAAGGACUACUGUCGCAAUAACACUCCCCCCAAGCCACCGGCCAUCAUCUUUGUGAUUGAUGUGUCCUAUAACAAUGUUAAAUCGGGACUGGUGAAUCUCCUCUGUGGAGAGAUGAAGAAUAUUGUGAAGAAUUUGGCCAAGGAUCAGGGUCAUGAGCGUAGCUACAUGAAAGUGGGAUUUAUCACGUAUAAUAACACAGUUCACUUCUACAAUUGUAAAUCAUCUUUGGCUCAGCCACAAAUGAUGAUUGUUGGUGAUGUCCAAGAAAUGUUUAUGCCACUUCUGGAUGGAUUUUUGUGUGAUGUUGAAGAAUCCAGUGCAGUUAUUGAUGCUCUAAUGGAGCAAAUUCCGUCAAUGUUUGGAGAUACGAGGGAGACAGAAACAAUCCUUCUGCCAGCCAUUCAGGCUGGUCUGGAAGCUCUGAAAGCAUCUGAGUGUGCAGGUAAAUUGUUGGUAUUUCACUCUUCGUUGCCAAUAGCUGAGGCUCCGGGUAAACUGAAGAAUCGCGAUGAUAGGAAGUUGCUGGGUACGGAGAAGGAGAAGACUGUACUGACACCUCAGUGCACAACAUACAAUAAUCUUGGGCAGGAAUGUGUUCAGAUAGGAUGUUCGGUGGAUUUGUUUAUUUUUAACAAUUCCUACAUUGAUUUGGCGACCAUUGGACAAGUGGCAAGGCUGACGGGUGGUCAGGUCAACAAAUACACAUACUUCCAGGCAGAUAUCGAUGGUCAGAGGUUGAUACAGGAUGUGGUGAAAAAUAUUUCACGUCCAAUUGCCUUUGAUGCUGUUAUGCGGGUGAGAAGUUCAACGGGAAUUCGUCCGACAGAUUUCUAUGGACAUUUCUACAUGUCCAAUACGACAGAUAUGGAAAUUGCCAGUAUCGAUGCGGACAAAGCUGUGGCUAUUGAGAUUAAGCAUGAUGACAAGUUGCCACCAGAAGAGAAUGUCUACCUUCAGGUGGCCCUCCUGUACACAUCUUGCAGUGGUCAGAGGCGUCUCCGGGUCAUGAAUCUAUGCCUAAAGACAUGCACCCAGAUCGCUGAUCUCUAUCGCAGUUGUGACCUCGAUGCCACAAUUUUGUUCUUUGCCAAGCAGGGUAUGGCUAAAUUGCUGGACAAUACCCCAAAGAUUGUCAAAGACAAUCUUAUCAGUCGCUGUGCACAAAUUUUGGCGUGCUACAGGAAAAACUGUGCAUCACCGGCAUCAGCGGGACAAUUGAUAUUGCCGGAAAGUAUGAAACUUUUGCCACUGUACACAUCGUGCCUGCUGAAGAAUGAUGCCUUCUCGGGAGGAUCGGAUAUGACGGUGGACGAUAGAUCUUUUGUCAUGCAGAUGGUUAAUACGAUGGAUCUGCCCACUUCUGUUGCCUACUUCUACCCGCGUCUCAUUCCACUUCACGAUGUCGAUGCUAAUGAUCAGGAUAUUCCAGAGUCCAUUAGGUGCACUGCUGAAAAGAUGAUGGAGGAUGGAGCAUAUAUUCUCGAAAACGGAGUGUACAUGUUCAUGUGGCUGGGUAUGGGAUUAUCUCCGGGAUUCACACAGGAUGUCUUUGGGGUAGCAUCUACACAGCAAGUCGAUGUUGAACGUUGCUAUCUACCCACACUAGACAAUCCACUGUCGCAACGUGUCCGGAAGAUUGUGGAAGAUAUCCAGGCUGGGAAACAGCGCAAUAUGAGACUUACAAUUAUUCGGCAGAGGGAUAAGUUGGAGAGUGUAAUGAGGCACUUUUUGGUUGAAGAUCGUGGAUCAGAUGGUACUGCCAGCUAUGUGGAUUUCCUGUGUCACUUACACAAGGAGAUCCGUACACUGCUGAGCUAGCCGUUGAUCGUCAAGGGAUUCACAUAUUUACCGGACGAAUUGGUGAGCAAAAGCAAACGCGAAUGUGAGGAAUCGAGGAGUUUCUCGCAAAAUCGGACAAGACAAAUGCGCUACAAACGCGCUUUGUUUGGUGGGAGAUGGUGAAUAAAAAAAAUAGAAUCUAUUAAAGAAAAAAAAAUCAUAAAAUAUGGACUACUGAAUGGAUACAUCCAUAAGAUAAAGUAAUAAUAUUUACCAUUUAAAUAUAAUUCAAUGAUGUGAGGAACAUAUAAGAUCGAUAGAAAAAAAAAUAGUAAAAUAGUAUUGAAAAAUUGUAUAAAAAAAACAAACGGAAUUUCUUUUCUUCUUUCUGGGGAAUUUUCAGUCUCAAAAGAAUGAAAUAAUUUACAGAAAAUUUUUAUUUAAGAUUUAUAUAUUUUCUGUUGUAAACUGUUCUUUUUUUUGUCAGAAAAAUAAAAUGCUUCUAUUCUUUAAAAAAAAAA